CCCCGCGCUCAGCAUGGCGGUCAAGGUGCAAACUACCAAAAGAGCGGAUCCCAAUGAGCUACGGAACAUAUUUUUACAGGAAUUCCAACUUGUCAAAAGACAUGAAAUUUUAUAAAAGAUCUUUGGGUCGUGAUUCUGUCAUCUCAGAUCUGCUUAAGCUUCAUCGGGGAAGUUUGAGUCGCAACACUGAGAUCCCAGUUAUUCUAGUACUCCCUGAAUAUGAUAUUUGUACAUUGCACUAUGACCUAUGAACUGAAUUCUAAAGGAACUCUUGGCAACUGCAAAGCUCACCAUCUCUACUAUGAAUCUGAACCUCAAGAAUUGAACUCAUGUCAUAUGCCACUGUUGAGAAAGAUGGAGAGCAUUACAUGACACCAGGAGAUUUUGUGCAGAGAUACCUAGGACUAUACACAGACCCAAAUUAUAAUCCUAAAACAGUGCAACUAUUGGCGGGAGUAGCAGAUCAAACCAAGGAUGGGUUGAUCUCCUAUCAAGAAUUUUUGGCAUUUGAGUCAGUUUUGUGUACUCCAGAUGCAAUGUUCAUUGUUGCUUUUCAGUUGUUUGACAAGAGUGGCAAUGGAGAAGUGACAUUUGAAAAUGUCAAAGAAAUUUUUGGACACACCAUUAUUCAUCAUCAUAUCCCUUUUAAUUGGGAUUGUGAGUUUAUUCGACUGCAUUUUGGACAUAACAGGAAGAAGAAUCUUACCUACUCGGAGUUUACACAGUUUCUGCAGGAGCUACAGUCAGAACAUGCAAGACAAGCCUUUGCACUGAAAGACAAAAACAAAACUGGUAUGAUUACUGGACUGGACUUUAGUGACAUCAUGGCUACCAUUCGUUCACAUAUGCUAAGUCCGUUUGUGGAAGAAAAUCUAGUUUCAGUUUUUAAGGUAGCAGGUGGAACUAUUUCACAUCAGGUCAGCUUCUCCUAUUUCAAUGCUUUUAAUGCCCUGCUGAAUAACAUGGAACUCGUUAGAAAGAUAUACAGUAUUAUAGCAGCUACAAGGAAAGAUAUUGAGGUCACAAAAGAGGAGUUUUCCCAGGCUGCAAUCAAAUUUGGACAAGUCACACCGCUGGAAAUCGAUAUUCUCUAUCAACUUUCAGACUUAUACAAUGCUACAGGGCGUUUAACUUUGUCAGAUAUUGAGAGAAUAACACCACUGGCUGAAGGUGCCUUGCCUUACAACUUGGCAGAACUCCAGCGGCAGCAAUCUUACGGCGGUAUGGGCAGGCCUAUCUGGCUCCACAUAGCAGAGUCUGCUUACAGGUUCACUUUAGGCUCAGUUGCUGGAGCUGUGGGUGCCACUGCUGUGUACCCCAUAGACCUGGUGAAGACACGAAUGCAGAAUCAGCGCUCUUCUGGUUCAGUUGUGGGAGAAUUGAUGUAUAAAAACAGCUAUGACUGUUUUAAAAAAGUUUUGCGUUAUGAAGGCUUUUUUGGUCUUUACAGAGGCUUGUUACCACAGCUUAUAGGUGUUGCUCCAGAAAAGGCCAUUAAGCUCACAGUUAAUGAUUUUGUCAGAGACAAGUUCACUCAGAGAGAUGGUUCCAUUCCAGUAUUUGCAGAGAUCCUUGCUGGAAGUUGUGCAGGCGGUUCGCAGGUCAUCUUCACUAAUCCACUAGAGAUUGUAAAGAUUCGGUUGCAGGUAGCAGGAGAAAUUGCUACAGGACCCAGAGUCAGUGCCCUUACUGUUCUAAAAGACUUGGGAAUUUUUGGUCUUUAUAAGGGUGCCAAAGCGUGUUUCCUCCGAGACAUUCCCUUUUCUGCAAUCUAUUUUCCUGUUUAUGCUCACAGUAAACUGAUGCUUGCUGAUGAAAAUGGCCAUGUGGGAGGGCUUAAUCUCCUUACAGCUGGUGCCAUUGCAGGUGUGCCUGCUGCUUCCUUGGUAACCCCUGCUGAUGUCAUCAAGACAAGACUGCAAGUGGCAGCUCGCGCUGGUCAGACAACAUACACUGGAGUUAUUGACUGUUUUAGAAAGAUACUUAGAGAAGAAGGCCCUUCGGCUUUUUGGAAGGGAGCUAUAGCUCGAGUGUUCAGAUCUUCACCUCAGUUUGGUGUUACGUUAGUGACCUAUGAACUUCUGCAGCGAUGGUUCUAUGUUGAUUUUGGAGGAAUCAAACCCUCUGGAUCAGAACCGACCCCCAAAUCUCGAAUUUCAGACCUUCCUCCUGUUAAUCCUGACCACAUAGGUGGAUACAGACUUGCUACAGCUACAUUUGCUGGAAUAGAAAACAAGUUUGGGCUUUAUCUUGCAAAAUUUCGAUCUCCCGAUGUUGCUUCAGUUCUACCAAAAGUAGCAGCUGAAUCCUGAGAUGACCUUUCAGCCUAGUAUAAUGAUGCAAUGAAAAAAAAAAAUUCAAGAGAACAGUACUAUAUCUAUCCAGUCAGCUGCAUGUUGCUCUUGCUGAACGGAGAAUUUAAGUCAAAUCACUCCUUUCUAAAUGAUAUACAAUAUGCAUUUAUUUGUUUAUAAAUUAAUCAUUUGCACACAGGAAAUGGAUUGAAGCUUUAGUUCUGCAUAGAUUUUUUUUUUCCCUUAACCAGUGGCAUGAAUCAGUAAGCUUUACUUGGCUUUGCACAGCUUGCACUUAAUGUUACUGUACAUAUUGUACAUCUUUGUACAGAGACAUCAUGGCAUCCAUACACGAUUUCAUUUAUAUAAUGGGUAUGCAGUUCUAAGCAGUUUGAAAUGUACAGAAUGUUUUGAAGGUGUUUUUAUUAAGAAUCAUGUGACAAUAAAAUAUAUUUAAAGUCA